AUGCGGCGCAUCGCGCGUUCGCUCGCUCGCUCGCUCGCUCUCGCGCGCGAAGGCACGACGCGCGCGCACGCGCACGCGCACGGGCACGGCGCGCGCGCGUACGGGACGCGACGCCCGCCGCCGCCGGCGAACGUGAGCCGAGAGAGCGCGUGUUGGGAAGCGGUGACGGACGCGCGCACGGGAAAGACGUACUGGUGGAACGUCGAGACGGACGAGACCACGGACGUGGACGCGGCGCGACCGAAGACGUACAGUGUGGUUGACCCGACGAUGCCGGCGCCGAUGGCGAGCGAUCGGGCGCCGCCGCCGGCGCGGUACGAACGCGACGGGGUCGGCGGGAUCGCGGGCGGAUUUGGGUCGAUGAUGGCGCAAGGGGCGGCGUGGGGGAUGGGAUCGUCCAUGGGACACCGAGCGAUCGGUGGGUUGUUCGGUGGGUCGUCGUGGGGCGGUGGAUCGUCGAUGAGCGGGGGGGGGGCGGAGAACACCGCGCCGCCGGCGAAUCCGUUCGAGAGCGGCGAGUUGGACGACGACGCGAUGGACGAUGGAUACGGCGAUGGCGGUGGAUCGCUGUUCGAUUUCUUUUCCGAGGACGAGUGA